CGCGUAGCAAUUUCCCUAACCAAGCGGAGCGAUUUAGGGUGGUAUAUCAAUAGUUGAGUGUUAGUGAGAGUCAAGAGCAGGAAGUCGUGCGGCAAAGUCUUGUUGUUACGGUGCAGAGUAGUUCCUCCUUCACCAAGGCGCGCUGUCUACACCUUCACCAGUGCCAUAGCACCGCCAAAAUCCAUCGAAGCGCCAUCGAAGUCAUCAAAGUGAAGAGCGCGCUCAUAGGCGCAUCAACUCUUUACCCGCCUAAACAACAUUGCGAAGCUUUCGAAGAACUCAAGAGGCCGUGCUAGUCAUCACAAUGGCUAUUGCGGAAGACGCCGCGACGGUCUUGGAGCAGUUCAUACAUGAUGUUGCAAAUCUGCCAGCCGAGAUCACACAUCUCUAUGAAGAAGCGCAGGCCAAGGACACACAAAUACAAGAACUACGCGCUGCCAUAGCGCAGCGUGACAAUAGUCUGCAGAAGUUCAUCAAGCUGAAUGGCAGCCUGGUGGAGAACCCGAAAGAAGACUCAUACUCGAAGGUCGUAUUAACGAAUUACGAGAAGGCGCAAAUACUGCAGGAAGAGAAGGUCGGGCUCGUUGAAAAAGCUGCUGCACUCCUAGACCGCCACGUCAAGCGACUAGACAUUAAGCUCCGAGAUUUGCAGAACGACGGCUCUAUACCCACGGAUGCUCAGAUGCCCUCGUUGCUAAGGGACUCGCCUGGGAAUCUGGUGCCGCCAUCGUCGAUGACAACCACUGGCGCCAAUACACCGCUGCUCCCAGUAUCGGGCAACCAUGGUGGAGGCGCGCCAAACCUCGCUCAAGCCGCCGCCAUCGCACGUAUUACGAAUGCGACGAGCGUAAACCUCAAUUCCAGGAUGAACCCGUCGCUGCAGAAUAUGCAAACCCAAGCGUUGUUGAAUCAACAAAGGCUCACUAAUGCGCAGAGUGCUACGCAGCCAAAUGCUCGCCAGGAGCGCGAAAUGCGCGAAAUGUCAGCCGGGAGCGAUAGCAAACGUCGUCGACCGACUGGCAACAUUGGGCCCCUCCCAGCAGCACCCUCGAACCUGGGGCGACAAAGCUCGACGGGGCCGGGGACCCCGAAGCCAGCAACUCCAGGCUCGCGCGCAGGUAGCGUGGGACCUAGGCCGCAGAAACACGCACUCACCGUGAAGAGGGCGAAACCACAGCAACCGCUGCGCAAAGCCGCCCUCACGGCCAAACCUGGGGUCAACAAGAAGCGUCGCAAAGGCGGGUCACGCGCGUCGCCGUCGACUACGGCGGAUGACGAGAGCGUGGCAAGUGAAGCUGGCACAGAAGACGAGGACAUGUCGGGCGUGGGAGGUGGUGACGCAGACGAGGAAGAGUCGGACGACACAAAGUAUUGCUUCUGCCAGCGCGUCAGCUUCGGCGACAUGGUGGCGUGCGACAACGACAAUUGCCAGUAUCAGUGGUUCCACUGGGAGUGCGUGAAUAUCAAGGAGGAGCCAGUGGGCGACUGGCUGUGCCCCGAUUGCAGAAAGCAGCCUCCUACCAAGAUUAAGAGGGUGCGCUAGAUGUGUUGACUUGUAUGAAUGAACAUGUGGGAAAUAGUCAUGUUGGUCUUUUUUCGGGACUUGUUCUCUUUGCUGUGUGCGAUAAUGAGGCUGAAGUCCUCUUUGCACAAUCGAUAGGCGUUGUGGCGCAUGUGGCGUACCUCUGGGUCGCUGGGAAGGUGCGAUGCUGGCUGUUUACUAUGAUUCAUUGACUACAAGGUCCGUUGUAUAUACCCCCAUGAAUUUGACAGAGACAUUGCGCGU